AUAAAUUCAAUUAGCAAACAAUAACUAAUAAUAAGUUACGAUGAUGACUGCGACACAAUGGUUUAUAUUACUUGGUGUCACUAUAAUUAUGGCUGCGUUAAUAAUCUAUUCUAAAAAGUCAUAUCACCAACAUGGCGGAUCAGAAAGAGGUAAUUCGAACGAAAGAGAAACAACAAAUUUGAAUGAGCCAUCGAAGCAAAAGGAUGUUGCCGUUGUGCCAAAUAAACCAAAUUCUGAUCAUCAAGCACCUGGUACUAAUUCAGAUGAACCGGAGAUUGUAAAACCAGCGGCAAAUACAAAUCCAGAUCCGACUAAACCAGCAGAAGUGAAACCAGCCGAUGUGCAGACAGGAUCAAACUCUGAUCAUCGAGCACCUGGUACUAAUCCAGAUGAACCGGAGAUUGUAAAACCAGCGGCAAAUACAAAUCCAGAUCCGACUAAACCAGCAGAAGUGAAACCAGCCGAUGUGCAGACAGGACCAAACUCUGAUCAUCGAGCACCUGGUACUAAUCCAGAUAAACCGGAGAUUGUAAAACCAGCGGCAAAUACAAAUCCAGAUCCGACUAAACCAGCAGAAGUGAAACCAGCCGAUGUGCAGACAGGACCAAACUCUGAUCAUCGAGCACCUGGUACUAAUCCAGAUGAACCGGAGAUUAUAAAACCAGCGGCAAAUACAAAUCCAGAUCCGACUAAACCAGCAGAAGUGAUACCAGCUGAUGUGCAGACAGGACCAAACUCUGAUCAUCGAGCACCUGGUACUAAUCCAGAUGAACCGGAGAUUAUAAAACCAGCGGCAAAUACAAAUCCAGAUCCGACUAAACCAGCAGAAGUGAUACCAGACAUAGAAGAAGAAAGUAAAUUACCCGAAGUCAAUGACAUAGAAGAUGACAAAACAUCGCGGAAACAAAAAUUAAGAAGGGCACUAAAGAAUGAUUUAACACUGGAAAAUGGAUACGAAACCAUAGUUACCGGAAUGGACGAAGAUAAAGACACAACCUUUCUUGAGAACUUCACUGACAGUGAUGAUGUUAUGACGAUGAAAAUUAACGAAGCUUCGUUGUUUGGCAUCGCACUUUUGUACAAAUACGCUUCAGACAACACGUUAACGAAAUAUUUAGGAGUUGUUGAAUUUCUAAUCGAACAUAUAGACGAGGAACUUCCAAAAGACAAAAUCGAAAAUUACCAGACUACAAUCUGGGACUUUGAUUGGUACGAUAUUACCGUUUUGUUUGCACGCAUGCUGUCAAUGUACGAAUGCCUCGGCGAAACUGAAGCUGUACUAAAAAUUUGUCGCCGUAGACUUACCGAAAUGGGGCCAAAGUUGGGCGAAGGAACCGGACGGGCACCCGAAGGCGUCGAUCUUGUUCAUGUAAUGAUCCCGCGUUUGAUCACCGAUUAUAUAAACGACUUUAAUUUGUAUACAGAUGAGAUUAAAACAGACAUAUUUACACGCUUCCGUAAAGUUUUGGAUGCAUCCAAAAUCGCAGAUGACAAUGGUGAAGACGGUUUGUAUUACGACGGUUCUUAUGUUUAUCAAAAAGUAGCAACUUUCUCAAAUUUAGCGAAAUUAGGGAGCUUUUAUAUAAACAUGUACCGCGCGAUGGAUAACAGUACAGAGAUCGAUGGCGUUGUAGUGAAAUUAUUCGACGAAAUUCUUCAUCCAGACAUGGAUUUCGUACCCUACGGUCUGUUUGGUCGGGAGCCUAAAAUAACUUGCACAGAUUUUUUGAAACUUUACUGGCCGGAUUAUAAAAGAAACGCCACAUUGGGCGUCAAUAUAUUUCCUUAUAUUGGUCUCGGUGUAUUCAAAUCAUCAAAUUUCGUAUUUUCGUUGCGCGUCCAACGGCCUGACUUUGCGGCCUACGAAAGCGAUCCGGAUAAUUUUGAAUUUCCCGCGGGAUGGAUUCAAAUGCGUAAAUUAUAUCUUAAAGGAGUUGAUUACAGUAAAUAUAAAAAUGAAAUGAAAUGGCCUGAACUUAAAUUACAACCGGGUGUGAUAUCAUUUGUCGAAAAUAAAUACAAUAAAUUUGAAAAUUUGAAACCUGUUACCGGCUCAUUGGCACAUUUCUGCCAAGAAGUCAAAUCGUACAUCGGAUAUUUGACCGAAGAUGAUAAAAACUUGUUGUUUUGGUUCAAUAGUUAUAAAUUUGAUAAAAUUUAUGGUGAUACCAAGGUAACGGAAUACGGAAUUUGUACCGAUAACGGUUUAGUAAUGCGUUAUUCUGUAGACAAGAUAAUAACGGGUCGUGAAUUGAAACUAAGAGUAAAAGACGAUGAUAUCAAAGGCGAUCCCCAAAUGUUUAUAGACACAUCUGAAAGUUUGGAUGAAAACGGUUCCAUUGCUUUAUCAUCAACUAAAGAUUAUCAUUGGCGCCAAGUGUUUAAUUUAAACACUGAGCCUACCACGAUUUUAGAAAAAGGUUCAUUCAAAUUCAAUGGAAAACUCUUCGAAAUUCUCAAGAAGAGCGAAACCCACUAUGUUAUUAAACGUAAUAAUAAUUUUAUACUUGCCGGCAGCUCGAUAAGCAAUCCCUUUGAACUGACUCAUUUGGAAAAUAUUAAUUUUCUGAGGAAUCCCAAUACACUGAUGUAUGAAGUCCAUGAGUAAUUCGAUAUAUAUAUUGGAAAUGAAUUUAUAACAUUGAAAUUUUUUAUUUUUCAUUA